AUGUAAACAUAUCAACUAGUUUAAAGCAUGCUAGAUAUAGGAUUUGAUACUUAUAUUUCAUUUCUAAAUGAAAGAAUGAAAAUAAUCUUGAGAAGAAUGGAGAUUAGAUAAAUAUAAAUCACUGAAAACAUUGAAUCCAGAUACUUACUACCUUAAAUUUAGUAUCUUAGUGUAGAAAUUGAAAGAGAUAUUGUUUACAGUUUAGACAGGCUUGCUUAGUUCUUUGCUAGUAUACCUUAGAAUUCUGAUUUAAAAUAAUUAUAGAUCACUAUACAUGAAGGUAAUGAGAUUUAUGAUGAGGGAUGCUAAAUUAUUACUAAUUUUAUCGCUUCUAAUAGCAAAACCCUGAAUUCAUUAGAUCUUAAAAUUGAGUAAAUAUUGGAUUAUAAUAUGAUUGAUGAGGAAGGAGGUAUACAUCUUGGACAGUGCUUACUUCAAUUAACUAAUUUGGAAAAACUGAUUUUAGAAAUAGGAAAGAAUGUCAAUAUUUAAGGAAAUGUAGCUGCAAAGCUUUUACAAGGACUAAAACAUUUGAGUCUUAAUUAUUUUAAAUUAAGGUUGUUUCCUAAAGAAAUAGAUGAUCAGGGAUUUGUAGACAUGCAAAAUGAGUUGACUUAAAUAAAAUCUUUAUAAACAUUAGAUUUAUCAAUAAUAUUGUAUGGCGAUAAUGCUGGAAUUUAUGCUAAUGGAUUUAAAUAUCUUGGAAUGAAUUUGCCAUAAUUAGAUAAUUUAAAAGUAUUAGACUUUUAAUUUUAUGGUCCUCCUAUAAGCAUUGUGCAGUCAAAUAAUCUUGUUUCAUAAAUAUACAAAUUAAAAUAUCUAGAGUAAUUUAAAAUGGAUAUCCAACCAUUAGCUUCUUCUUAAGUUCAAAUAGAUAGUUUUUUGCAAAGUCUUUCAAAGUGUUAAAAGCUCAAUAAAUUGCAUAUUACAUUACCAAGCUUCAUUUUUAGCAUAUCAAGCCAUCAAUUUGAAGAAGAAAUAUAAAUUCCAUUCCAAAAUCUCUUGGAUUUUGAAUUUAAGUUUGAAAAUGUAAGUCUUUCAGAAGAAGCUUCAAAUGCAAUUGGUCAAUAAAUUAGUAAGAUGAUAAAAUUAGAAAAUUUAAAAAUUCAAUUAAGGAACAAUGGUGAUUCAGUUGAUUCAACAGUAAAAAAUAUAAUGAAAGGAGUUGAAUACUGCAGUUAUCUCAAAAAUUUCUUCUUUGAAAUAGGAAGUAAAAACAAAGUUUAGUCAGAAGGUGUUCGUUGCUUGAUAGGUUCUUUAUAAAAUAAGCAAUGUUUAAACAAUUUAAUGAUUAAGUUUGAAAUUGGAAAUAAAAUAGAAAGUAAAUCUUUAGAUAAUUUUUAAGAAGUUAGUAAAACUCUUUCUUCUCUAUAGGCUCUUACUUUGGAAAUAAAAGAGUCUAAUUUAAAAAGCCAAGAUAUCGUGGUACUUAAAAAUAGUCUUCGAAACCUUUAAGUCCUAAAAGAAUUCAAUAUAAUAUUUAAUAGAAAUUUAGGUCUUCAAAACGAAAAUGAAAUAGAAGAAAGAGACAAAAUAACUUAAAAUUUUGGAGAGCUUAUAGGUGCAAUUAAGUCAAUCGAAGUUCUUAAGUUUUAUUUCGUGCAAUAUCAAAAAUUAAGUUAGUUAAAUCAAAACCAUAUUUUUAAUGGUUUAGGCUCUGGUUUAUUUAAUUUAAAGGUACUACAUAUUAUGUUGGCAAAUUAAAUAGAACUUAACUCUGAAAGCUUUUAACUGCUUUAAAAUGCUCUAUCCAAGUGUAAUAGUCUGAUAGAGCUAGAAUUAAAAUUAUAGAGUUUAAGACAUAAUUAAGAUUAAAAUGAAAUAAGAUUAUACAAUAUUCUUAAUAGUUGCAAUAAUUUGAUCAAAUUCUCUUAUGAAGUUUAUACUAGUGGUUUUUUAAUUUAUAAUUUGGGCUAAGAAAUGAAGAGGUUGAAAAAAAAUGCUAUGAGAAAAAAGAAAAUAAUAGUUUUAAAUAAAUUAUGA